CUUCGACCGUCGGAGAUGGUCAUACGCAGGCUACAAGCCGGUGUCAACCCGCUAUAUAAACACGAGCAUUAUCAAACCACCACCAAUACAUUGCCGACCGUCACUGCGUUCACACAUUUACAUACAAAACCAUAUUUUUUUAAACAAAGUUGUGUUAGUGAUUGCAUCUGCUCUUAUACGUCACGGGACAAAAGUUUCAUGAUGAAGGUCUUAUUAUUAUGUUUGGCCUUUGCGGCUGUGAGCAUGGCAAUGCCGGUCGCUGAAGAAAAGUCUGAAGUAGCUGCCCCUUCGGCUCCGGUUCCUGAACCUGCACCCGCGGUCAAAGCAGAGGAAGUUAAACCCGACAUUGUUGUUUCACCCGCUUCCCCUGCUGAAGAAAAGAAAGUUGAAAUCCCCGAAACCUUACCUGUUCCUGAAGCAAAAAGCACUUCAAUUCAAGCAGAAGUUAAGGAAGUUGAAGUUCCAAAAGCUGAGAUAUUAGCCGAUCCUAAGCCGGAGGAAAAGAUUCCUGAAGCCAAAUCUGCUGCACCUGAAUCUGAAUCAAAAUCAGAACCAAAACCAGUUGAGUCUGAAUCUAAACCUGAAGAAAAACCUGAAGAACCUAAGCCACUAGUAGAAGCGGAGUCUAAAUCGGUAGAAACCGAAGUUGUGGUCAAUGAAGUACCCAAAGAAGCUAUGGCAAAAUCCGCUGUACCUGAUGAAGCGAUUGAUGUUGUCAGUGCUAUUAAAAAUACUGCCUCUUUAGCCGAUGAUAUCGUUGAUCCUGCAGCUAUUAUACCUGAGGGAGGAAUUGAAUUGCCAGUCGCAACGGGAAAAGAUGCUGGGUCACCUGCGGUUAAAAAAGAUGAAUCUGCUGCCCCGGCAUCAUCAGCGGAACCCGCAAAGCCAGAACCUAAGGCAGUUGAAGCAAAACCAGAAGAGAAAAAAGAAGAAAUUAAAGCAACCAUUGAAUCCGCGCCUGCACCCGCCGCCCCUAAAUCUGCUGACGCUAAAGCUGCUGUUGAUGACGACAGCCUACGUGUAUUACGGGAUACCGUCGAUGACAAAAAAGCAACUGAAGAAACUAAGGAACAACCAAAAUCAGCAGACCCCGUCGUAGCAUCUCCAGUUGUUGAGGAUGUGAAGGAAGAUGUAGCGCCGAAACAACUGACCCCAAGCGAACCUGCCAAAGAUGAUGCGCAAGAAGGUAAGGCAGCGCCUGUUGAAGCUGAAAAGCCAUCAGAUUUACCUGCAGAGAAGCUAAUGGCUGAUGCCCCUGCUGCAAGCUCUGAGGAAAGCUCCGAAGAGAAGAAAAAUGAAAGUGGAGAAAAAGAUUCAUCGUCUUCAGACGAAAGCACAGAAGCCGUCGACAAAACCGAAAAAUCGAAAGUCUAAUAUUAGAUAAUAAGUAUGGAAGCGCUGAGCGGCGAGCGUGUGUCGACCACCCUCGACACGCGUCCUCCGCUAGCAGCGGUCGCAUGAGUCGCGACGCCGCUGCCUACGCGCCCCAGAGAUUAUGAGAUGUGAGUGAUUAUGCCCCGUGUGAGUGUGAGUGGCGACCUGGCGACCGUCACGUCGAUGCGUCAGCGUGGAUAUCCAGUAUAUUCACUAGAUCUAGAGACUAUUUAAAUAGCUGAACCGAAAAAUUACCUUCGUUGUAAUUAUUUGUCAAAGUAAAUUAUCGAAUUUCCGGUACUAUAAGUAAUAAAAUAUGUUUUUUAUAAU